AUUCCCCUUGAAAUUUAUUUUUGUGCUCAAAACGUAUUAAGAGAAAUUUCAAUAAAAUCAAGUUAAAAGAAUAUUCUAUUCGUCUUAAGAAUUAGAAACUCAUUCAUAAAGUGAUUUUCAUUAUAUAAAUCAUCAAAAACAUUUAAAAGAUUUUCGAUUUAAGAAGAAAAAUUGAAUUAUAAAAAUAUUUGUUAUGUUUUCUUCUUAAAUUUGUAAAGAUCCAGUAUGAUGAAACAAAAUUAUUCGACUCAACUCCUACGAGUUGUUGUCGCCCAAAUAUGUCAAACAAUAGGAUGGCAGAGUGUUACUGCUUCAUCAUUAGAGAUUCUUGUCGAUAUUCUCGAUCGUUAUUUAAAAGAAGUUUGCAAAUCAACUCACGAUUUUGCUGAACUCUAUAAUCGUACUGAUGCAAAUUUUGAUGAUUUGGGUUUGGCGUUCAGAGAAAUGGGAAUUGAUAUGAGUGAAAUUCUCGAGUAUGUCAGUUAUGUGGAUCCUGUUCAACCAGCGGAGGUCGCAAAGUUUCCCAUUCCUAAAGAAUCUCACUUUAACUUUUUAAAACCGGGAAGCAAAGAGGUGUUAACUAGACCAGUUCAUAUACACGAACACUUACCACCUCUUAAUCCACCGGAAGAUGAGCCACUUUACAAUGGAAUUAAUGGUGAGAAGGAAAUUGACGUUGUUGGAGUUCCAAAUGAGGACGUUGAUGUUUUUAAAAGACCACCCGAUGGUGGUUUAGACAAUAAUUCUUCAAAAAAGAUAAAAGCAGAAGAAGAAGGUCGUCCAACACGUGAAAUUACUUCAGUCAUGAUGACAACUUCUGGAUUCAUUUCACCAGCACGAGAAGGUAAACUUCCCGAAGCAAAGCCACCGAAUUUGCCACCCGAGUUCCCAAAGCCAUCACCUCCAUCGAGCAAUCCUUCACUUUACAAGCCAAAAGAUUCAAAUAUCGGUGUCGGAAGUGGAAGUUCAAUCGAUAAGAAGCUUGAAAAGAAAUUAAAGAAAAAGAAUCACGAUAAAGAAAAGCGCAAAGAUAAACCUUCAAAGGAGAAACAUUUACCUCGUGGUGAUCAUAUGGAGAAUGUUCUUCCCCGUAACAGUCCAAGCUUAUCUCAAAUGACACAAAAUAUGCCGCGAGAAGCGAAUGAACAUUUAAUCGAAGCGGAACGAAAGAAAGCUCUUAAGAAGCUUAAAAUGAAGAACAAAACUGAACUGAUCGGGACAAAAAAGAAGAAAGAAAAAGUUCCGAAAGCAGCAAAGCAAAGUUCAAUGGAUGUCGACUUUUUAGAUAAGUCAAAAUUCGAUCCUUUCCAAGUGAUGCCGCCAACUAUUCAACCACCCCAAAGCAACAUUCAAGCUCAUAACUUCCUCACAGGAGCUGCUCACAUGUUUCCAAAUUCAAUGUUGGACAACAGUUUCUCACCACAAAAUCCUCUGAUUGAGGGAAAACUCAUCUCCGAACCGGAUAAAAAUAAAUUAAAUAUUUUUAAGAAGAUUUCGAAACCGAAAGAUGAUAAUUUGAAGUCUUCACCGGUGAUGCCAUCGCAAAUGGAUUUCUUAAGUCCACCAAAGUUUGAUCGAUACGAUAUAAAUCAACCCACAACACCGCAUCAAAUUUACAGCGAUCCGAUGAAGAAAGUUCAUAAACUUCCAAAAGAAACAACAAUGACAAGAGUUGAUGAUAACAUGCCGAUCAACUUCAGUUUGCCACGAAGUAACGAGUCGUCAUUUGAAGAGCUUGUAAUGCCCAAAACACCAACAAUUCCACGAACACCUGAUUUUAAAUUGUCACAAUCAAUCGAGAAGAAGGAAAAGAAGGAAAGAAAGAAGCGAGAGAAGAAAAUCGAUCCACCUGAUUGGAGUCAAUCAAACUCGUUUUUGUCAUCACAAUUUGAUAAUUUAACUGGUCAAAAUAAUCCUUUUUUGCAGUCGAUUCAUAGCGCUAGUGGAAUUAUGGGAACCAUUGGAAAUCCACUUCGAAACACUUUUGGAGUGAAUCCAUCAGAAUUCUUUCCAUCAGGUCCAGGUUUAAUUCCUAGACCAUCGUUUGGAAUGGGACAACUUGGACAAAUGAAUCAAAUGCUUCAGAAUUCUUUAGGUUUUCCUUUACCAGGAAUGGAUUUUAAUAUGCAGCAACAACAGAAUCAACAACCGAUGCAACAUGCACCAAAACCGAAGAAGGUAAAACCUGUUAAACAACCCAAGCCGUUUAUGUUCAGGGAAGAUGACUUCCAGAUGAUGCAAGGCAACAAAUUUCUCAAUGUCGCACCAAUGGUGCCACAAGCUAUAAAGGAACGUUUUGAUGCCCAACCAUUCAUGAAUGUUGAACCUUUCCCGUUACAGCAUCAUCAAAUGCAACAAAUGAGUUCGUUUGAUCAGCUUUUGAAAGAGCAGCCACAACCACAUCAACAGCAGCAACAUCAUCAGGGAUCAUCGAAGAAAGUCAUGAGCGAAGAAAAAAUGGAAACAUUUGAUUUAACAUCAUCACCAGAGCCAAUGCCAAUGACACCGAUAGCAGUAGUGAAACCACAGGAAUCAACAGUUCCUGUCGUGAUGAAAUCAGAGCCAAUUCCAACUUCAACUGUUGUACAGGAGAAUCAAGAGCCGAUCAAGGAGAAAUCAAAAGAAAAAAAGAAGAAAAAGGAUAAAGACAAGGAGAAGGACAAAGAUAAAGAAGAACGAAAGAAAAAGAAGAAAGAGAAGAAAAAGAAGAAAGAAAAGCGUAAAGAGAAGCAUCGAGCGUCAAUGUCAACAUUGGAUAGUCAAAGUACUGGUGAUACUGACACUGGUGACAAUAUGUCGACAACUUCGUCGGUUCCAAAGCUAAUGCUUAAGCUUAAUUCACCGAGACCGAACACACCGGAAAUGCAUAAGAAAAUACUUCAGCGAACAAAGAAUGAUUUUGAUUUCCCUUCACCAUCAAGUCAUGACACGAACACAAACACAAAUCGUGAUCCAUCGCCUGAACUUGUUAGAAUUUCACCUUUGGUUACACGUCCGCCAAAACCAAAGAUCUUGUCAUCAUCAUCAUCGUCGUCGAACCUUAUUUAUUCUUCAUCACCUGGUGAACAAUAUCAAGUUCAACAUCAUCAAACUCAGCAUCAACAAAUUCCACAAAUCAACAAAAGCUUUCAAUAUCAACCUGAAUAUAAUUACAAUCAACCUCUAAUGGAUCAAGGUGGAUCAAAUUAUCAAAGUUCUUAUCAAACACAACAUUUCAGUAAUUAUGAUUCAAAUCAACCUACGACUCAAACAUUCCAUCAAACGCAACCCAGUGAAAGCAAAGAAACGUGGAAUAUUUCACACAACAAAGCUUCUUAUGUUGUGAAGAAGAAAGAUGAUGAGAAAACAUCGAGCGAGGAGGGUUCACCAAGUAAGGAUGGAAAGUUGAAGCCGGUAAUUGCUGUUGAAUCAGCAAAGCUUGAACUUCCAACGACUCCUAAAACGAGUCAUAAAAGUGAAAGUUUUAAGAGGAAAUUGACAGCUGAUAACAUUGUGCAGGAUGCUGAUGGAUCAACUGUAUGGAUAUGUCCAGCAUGUGGAAAGGUUGACGAUGGUACACCAAUGAUUGGAUGUGAUUCGUGUGAUGCUUGGUAUCAUUGGGCUUGUGUUGGAAUCAAAGUGGAACCGAAAGACGAUGAGGAUUGGUUUUGUCGAGCAUGCAUAAGCAGAAAGCAAAGUGGUCAAAGUGAUGGAAAGAAAAAAAAACGAAAGAAGAAGGACAAAGAUAAACCAGAUAAAAUGGUUUCAUCGUCUAUAACAACAAGUUCCUCCUCACCACUUAGACGCAACGUGAGGAUACUUUUAGUCGGUGAUCCAGGAGUUGGAAAGACAUCAUUAAUCUUAUCAUUAGUCAGUGAAGAGUUUCCUGAAGAAGUGCCACCAAAAGCUGAAGAAAUUACAAUUCCAGCAGAUGUCACACCAGAAAAUGUAAAAACGAACAUUGUCGACUUCUCUUCCAUCGAACAAAGUGAUGAAAACUUAUCUGAAGAGAUUGAGAAAGCUCAUGUUGUUUGUGUUGUUUAUGCUGUCGAUGAUGAGAAUUCACUUGAUAGAAUCAGUUCACAUUGGCUGCCUUUCAUUCGAGAUCAUUCACAAGGUGACACACGCAAGCCGGUUGUUCUAGUUGGUAAUAAAAUUGAUAUUGUUGAUUACUCGACUAUCGAUCAUGUCUUAACCAUCAUGGAAGAAUUCAGCGAAGUUGAAAGUUGCGUCGAAUGCUCAGCAAAAACUCUUCACAAUAUUUCGGAAAUGUUUUUCUAUGCACAAAAAGCAGUUUUACAUCCAACAGCGCCAUUGUAUGUUAUGGAAGAGCAAGACUUAACAGAACAAUGCAAGAAAGCUCUCGUUAGGAUCUUUAAAGUGUGUGAUAUUGAUGGUGAUGGAUUGUUAAACGAUUAUGAAUUAAAUCACUUUCAAAGACGAUGUUUUAAUGCUCCACUUCAACCAACUGUACUAGACGAAGUCAAAGCCGUUCUAAUGAAGAAUACACCGGAUGGAAUAAGAGAUGAUUGUGUGACACUAAGUGGAUUUUUAUUUCUUCAUUGUUUAUUCAUUCAACGUGGACGUAAUGAAACAACAUGGGCAGUGCUUAGAAGAUUUGGAUACAAUGAGAAUCUUGAAAUGAGUAAAGAUUAUUUAUUUCCACAUGUAAAAACACCACCAGGAUCAAGCACGGAAUUAUCACAUCGUGGACAACAAUUUUUAAUGGCUUUGUUUGAAAGAAGUGACAAAGAUAAUGAUGGAUCACUUUCGCCAGAUGAAUUCAAACGAGUAUUUAGUGCAUGUCCAACACCGCCAUUCUCAAGUGACAUUAAAAGAACAGUUCCAACAAAUGAAAAAGGUUGGCCAACACAACAUGGUUGGAUGUGUCGUUGGACGUUACAAACUUUUAUUGAAUUACCAAAAACUUUGGAAUAUUUAGCUUAUCUUGGAUUUAAUGUUCAUGAGAAUGAAUCACAAUUGGCAGCAAUUCAUGUGACAAGAGAACGUCGAAUUGAUUUGGCAAAGAAGCAGAGUAGUCGAAUGGUUUACAUGUGUCAUGUAAUUGGAAUGAAAGGUGCUGGAAAGACAGCACUUUGUCGAGCAUUUCUUGUUGAUGACAUGAAGAAAAUGAACGAAAAAGAUUUGCGAGGAAAUAAUCAAUAUUGCAUUAAUACAGUUCAAGUUUAUGGGCAAGAAAAGUAUUUGAUCUUACGCGAUAUCGAUGUUCGACAAGUUCUCGAUCCACUUCAACCAUCGGAGGUUUUAUGUGAUGUCGCUUGUCUUGUUUAUGAUAUCAGCGAUGCCAAAUCAUUUGAGUACAUUGCCCGAAUUUAUAUCAAAUAUUUCGCUGAAAGUAAAAUUCCUGUUCUGAUUGUUGGCGCCAAAGGUGAUAUGGAAGAAAUUCGUCAAGAUUAUUUGUUGCAACCAAAUGAAUUCUGCCAUAAAUAUAAACUUUUACCACCACAAUUCUUCAGUGUCAAGCACAACAAACGAGAUCUUUAUACAAAAUUAGCUACAAUGGCAUCAUUUCCACGCUUCCAACCGGCGUGGAUCUUAUUUUACAAGCAUAGGUUCGUACAGCUUUGGGAAGAAACUCAGCUUAAGCACUUCGGCCUGAUGACUAAUGAUCCACUGAUGAUGUGGAAAGCAGUAUUAGGUAUCGCAACGUGCUCCAUCGUAGGAUUCUUCGUAAUCAGAGCCUUGCAUACAUCAUCACGUUAAAUCGAUUCAAUAUUUAAAGUAACUAAAUUGAAGUCAUUGUAAAUAAAUUUGGAAGACGAAUCAGUCAAAUCCUUUUCUUUCCUUCUUUUUCAUUCGUCUUCAUUGUUUGUAAAUAUCCAAAAUGUCAACUUUUAAUUUUUAAACUUCAUGAUCGCCAGAAUAGUUGCUGAAUUUGAUCAAUGAAAUAUAUGAAAAAGAAGUUUUCUUUGCAAAAAAAGACAA